UGUGUUUCGGAUAGAAAGUGAGCCUGGUUUCCAGCUGAGUGCUUGCUCUCUCUCUCUCUCUCUGUGUGUGUUGUCAUUAUUAUCCAGUCUGCUCCCAGCUCAGAAUGGCCAGAUUCACUCAGACUGAAACAAGAAGGCAGCAGCAACCACAGCAGCCCCAUCCCGCUCACACCAGCCUGGUUUUCACUGGACCUGGGGCAACACCGAUCCAACAACCACUACUACUUAUCCCUCACCAGCACCAGUACUCUCAGAUCACAUUUCCUAAACCCAUGAACGGGUCAGAAUCCAUUUCAAUUCAUCCGGAGAGCGGCAACAUGAAAGACCAAGAUGCCAUAAAGCUGUUUAUCGGGCAGAUACCGCGGAACCUAGAGGAAAAAGACCUGAAACCUCUGUUUGAACAGUUUGGGAAAAUCCACGAACUGACUGUUCUGAAGGACCGAUACACCGGCAUGCACAAAGGCUGCGCGUUCCUCACCUACUGCGCCCGCGAGUCGGCCAUCAAAGCCCAGAACGCCCUCCAUGAACAGAAAACACUGCCAGGGAUGACUCGGCCCAUCCAGGUGAAGCCGGCUGACAGUGAGAGUCGUGGAGAAGACAGGAAGCUGUUUGUGGGGAUGCUAAACAAACAACAGACUGAGGAGGAUGUGUACCGCCUCUUUGAGCCCUACGGAGUCAUCGAGGAGUGCACCGUCCUAAGAGGUCCCGACGGAAACAGCAAAGGCUGUGCCUUUGUAAAGUUCUCCACACAUGCUGAGGCCCAGUCUGCAAUCAGUGCCCUUCAUGGCAGCCAGACCAUGCCAAACGGCUCCGAUUCUCUCCCCCCCCAGGGCGCAUCCUCCAGCCUGGUGGUGAAGUUUGCCGACACCGACAAGGAGCGCACCAUCCGCCGCAUGCAGCAGAUGGUGGGCCAGUUUGGCAUCUUUAACCCAGCCAUCGCCCUUCCCUUCAGCACCUACAGUACCUACGCACAUGCAGCACUGCUGCAGCAUGACAAUGAGCUCAUGCAGCAGCAGGCAGCCAUCAUGGCAGCGAGCCACGGCGGCUACCUGACGCCCAGCAUGGCCUUCCCCGCCACCCAACUCCACCAGAUGGGGGCACUCAGCAUCAACGGCCUCCCACCCAACUCCAUGACCCCGGUGUCUGGGGAGUUCCACCAGGCACUGGGUCUUAGCUCUCCACCAGCCAACAUCACCACUCCCAGCAUCGUCACUCCCAUCGUCAACGGCUUCACGGGCAUCCCCCACCAUCAGCCCAACGGACAUCCCGCCGUGGAGACCAUGUACAGCAACGGCCUGCCGUCCUACUCCACCCAGAGCCCCACCGCUGCAGACACCCUCCAGCAAGCCUUCACCGGAGUACAGCAAUACACAGCUAUCUACCCAGCUGGCACACUGACUCCCAUAGGCCAGACACUGCCUCAGCCAUCACAGGUCAUCCAGCAGCAGCAACAGAGAGAAGGUGAGGGGCCCGAGGGCUGUAACCUGUUCAUCUACCACCUGCCACAGGAGUUUGGAGAUAAUGAACUCAUGCAGAUGUUUCUGCCAUUCGGGAGCGUCAUCUCCUCCAAGGUCUUCAUGGACCGAGCCACCAACCAGAGCAAAUGCUUCGGGUUUGUGAGCUUCGACAACCCAGCUAGCGCACAGGCAGCUAUUCAAGCCAUGAACGGCUUUCAGAUUGGAAUGAAGAGGUUGAAAGUCCAGUUAAAACGACCGAAGGAUGCCAGCCGCCCUUACUGACACAACCUAGCCCUCAGUGUUCACUGCAACAGCACAGGUUUUGAGGACAACUGAAGAUAUCUUGGAGUUCAACUUUUUUUCUUUGAAAACAAAAAUUAUGUUUAAAAAAAAUCCACACAAGGAAUUUUCGAAGACAUAUCAGCAUUUACUUAUGAAGAAGACGUAGGCUAUUGCAAUGAUGAAGAGAUUGAAGAAGGUGUGAAGGAGUUGGCAGCAGCUACACCGAAGGACUUCAACGCAACAAACGGCACAGUGCAAGAAAUACAAGAGAAGUAAAAAAAAAAAAAAAAAA